AUGACAGAUUACUGGGUGAGCACGAAGAAGCAUUACUGCGCCACGUGCAAUUGUUGGUUGUCUGGGCACAAGGUGAACAUAAAGAAUCAUGAAAAGAGCGCGAGGCAUAUCGAAAAUUUAAAAAAAGUGAUCAGCGAAUCGUUUAAGAGGAAGGAACAGGAAACGAAAGAGAAAGAGUUCCUGGAAAGGGAGUUAAGAAAAUUAGAAAAUGUGGAAAAGAAAUUGCUGUCUGAUUUGCAUAAAAAUGAGACAUCACCUCAUCGAACCGGCGACAUAAGUUUGAAUGUUUCGAAUGCGCAUUCCAAGAGCAGAAGUGGUUAUCGGAGCAGCAGCAAUAAUGAGCGACAUAACACAAGUAGUAUUGGCUGUAGUAGCAAACCAGCUAUCCGCCAAAAGUGGGUUUUAAUGAUACAUGAAGAUACGGGUUCUUUAGUAUUCUUCAAUAGACUGAAAAACGAAAUUGAGCAUGAAAAACCCAAAGAUUUUUUCGAAGACAUUCCCCCAAAUGAAUCAUUUGUGGAGCAAAAUGGAUGGUACAAAUACUUUGAUUAUAACUCUAACAAUUUUUACUACUUCAAUAUUCACAGCUCGAAAAGUGUAUGGGAGUAUUCACUCAGCAGGAUAAACAGCUUGGCGGACUUCAUCAAUCGAUGUGAACAGGGUGCACAAAAUAACAUAAAUUCUGGUAAUCACGCAGCAGUUGCAAAUCUGAGUGUGAGUGCGGGCCCCGUGGUCAGUCAGCAUUAUCCCCAUUUGGGUGGACCCUCAUAUUACGUAAAUUACCCGCAAAUGAUCAGCAAGCAGUGUUAUAAUGAAUAUGCCACCUAUAAUCCGUUAAUGAAUACGGCAGAGACCGCGCUGCACAUGACUGAAAAUUCAAAAGAAGAGAUUAUUCAACAGGGCAGUAACAGCGGCGAUAGUAAUAUUCCUGCGGGUGAUGGGGGUCGUGUGAACAGUAGUACCCAUUAUGGUACAUUACACAAUGUAUCUUCAGCCAAGUGGGCCGAUGGGGUAGGUGAAGAUGAAGACAGGGUUGCAACAGGAACGCAUCCCCAAGGAGGUGAUACGAGUGAAGGAGGAAGCAAUGCAAUGAAUGAAGGAAACCCAAAGGAGAAGCCCCCAUGUGAAAUGAGCGGAAGCGAUUUUAAAAAGAGUAGUACACAUUUUGAAGAGAACAAAAAAAAGGCGAAUAUUUCUUUAUCGUUUAAGAGGGCAGAAAACGAAAGUACACCUCUGCAUGGUAGGAAAGAAAAGGGAAAAGGUAGCAUGGGGGGAGAGGACCAAGUUGUGCAAAGCAGUACCGUAACAGAGGACGAAAGUGCUAAACCUGGCGCAUGGGAAGUGGUGGAGAAUAAUGAUGUAGAGACAAUUUCAAAUGAACAUAUUGAACAAAUUUUUUAUAACGUCAAAUCGAAAGAGGAAAUUGAAAAGGAAAGAAUUGAACAGCUAGAGAAAGAUAUCCGUUACGAAUAUUCUGAAUAUAAUGAAUUUUAUAUUAAAAAAAAAGAAUUAGAAAAUGUAGAAAUAUAUGUAAACCAAGAAUUCAAAUUCGUGGACAAACCUAUAUAUAAGAAAGUCAUUGAUAAGAAUCGUGACAAAAAGGUGGACUUUGCCAAACGCAGCAUUAAGGGAAUGAAGAAUAAAAAAAAAAUUUCAUAG